CCGCGCAGUCACGACGCGUCCCCGUUCGCCGUCGAAAAAGAAACCAAAGACGUUUGAAAUUGCGACAUAAUGGUCCAGUUGUGAAUAGUAAAGUGUAUCACUGCAUGUGCAAUACAACCUCCGCGUAGAUACAAAAAAUGUAAAUAACGAACUGUGACAACACCAAAAGAACAGACAUCGGUUUAAACAACGGAGUCAUAAGAUGUCAUGAAACUUCAGAUGACAUGACGCAGCCCAGCUAAAACGAGCGCUAUGGUCACUACUAAAGUGCCCACGCCAACAUGGCCGAUGAAGAGAAAAUCCCCCCAACUUUUCUUGAGAAACUUCUCUUCUACACCACAGCAAGCUUCGUUCUUCUCGCCAUAUUCAGCCUGUUUGCCUUCCUGUUCUUAGUACCGUUCGUGAUUGAGCCGGCGUUCACUACCAUAUUCAUGCAAUUUGAUCCAGUAGCAGCGUUAUGCGUCACAGCCAAUGUGAAGCAUUUGUUUGGGGUGAGUAACUGCUCGUGGGCCUCUUGCAGGGAGGGCUGCACCAAAGACCUGUACGACUGCACUCAAAUUCGAGUCAACUACAAACUUGGGUACGCUGCCAACAUCACCGCAACCGAAUACGAAAAUCUGAUCAGAGUUGAACGGGCACUGAGAAAGGACUACGAGUACGAGAACUACGAGACUGCUGCUGACAAAAACUAUCCAGACAUGGCUGAGGAACAAGACCUGGCUGACGUUCCACCUACAGGUCUCCAAGGAAACGAUUCAGAGUGGUACUUCACAGGGGCACGCCUGUUCCCCAACGUAAAAGGAUGUGGUUACCCACCAAUUUUGAACUGCACCAUAUUCUAUGGAAAAUACCGACCAAUAGGCACCAACUACACGUGCUACUAUAGCAGAGUAGACCCAGGACUGGUGAUCACUGAACUGGAUAUGUGGCAGAAUACUUUGAAUUUGGUGUAUGCUAUGGCUAUACCAAUACCUUCGUUCUUUAUUUCGGUGAUAUACUUAACGUUUGCGUACUUUAAGAUCUACAAUACUGAGGAGGAAUCUGAGCAAGCUCCUCUUAAGAAUGAUGCAGAGGCGAUGGCUACUGGUGAUGACGAGAAGCCAACGACUCCUGGAUCUGACACGUUCAGGGAAGACCUGGCUUGCUUCGGGCACCAGCUGAAGAUGCAGCUAGCCAAUGAGAAGCCGAAAGAAGGCUUCGAGUCCAACAGUCCACCUAUCUCCAACUCGGCAUCACUGUCUGGGACCAAGUCAUCAUUCGUGAACGCCUAAUGUGAAAAACGACAUUAUUUACACAGAGAUGACAGGGAUCCUGAAGAUUCGGAUUUGGUUAUAAAGUGCAUCACGAAUCAAGGUGAACAAUGGAAAAAUAACUUUUUGAAAGAUAAUGUGUGCUCUCUUGUGAUUUUAUUAAAAGAAGUAGAACGCAAGUCCUACUUACACGAGAAAAGUGAAUAAUUCAUGAAUAUUAGCAAAAAAGUUCGUUAAGACGGAAAAUUGGCGAAAGAGAAUUUUUAUAAAGCGUUGUGAAAUUAUAAAUGAUAUUGAGAAAACAAUUUCUGGCAAUAAUUUCUGAUUAUAUCUGAUACAAACGAUUUGCCGUUAAGUAAGUCUUGAAUUUAAUCCUUUGCAUUUGGAGUUAUUUUUAAGCUACUAUUUUUUUAAAUGUGAUUUUUUUUUGAGUAAAUAAGAAAGGAAAACCCAUUUAAACACAAACUUAGGUUAAUUAAUUUUAUUAAAUUCGCUAUUAAUUGAUAUAUUGCUCAAAUCCGCGCGAUUUUUAUUUCAGAAAUUAUUGCGAAGAAAUCCAAUUGAUAUUAGAUAAUAAAGAAUUUUAUCUCCUAUAGUGAAUAAAGAAAUGAAUAAGAUUUUAAUACGCUCGUAUGCUAAAAGUGUCAAAUGCACGCGUGCUGUUAAUAUAUACAUGAAUAUAUUGUAUAUUACGACUUAUCAUAAAGCUGUUUACAAAAAAAAAUGUUAAUUUUGAAAAGCAAUAGUUAGAAGUUCAUUGAAAAUUAUGAGGAGACAGUUAUUAUAUUAAAAAUAAAAUUAUUAGUACAUCGACUACAUUAUAGUACCUAAUAAUCCCAUGUCAAUAAUCACGAUAUCAUUUUAAUUCUAAGUAAUAAUUUAAAUCAGUUUAUAGGGAUUUAGGAAUUUAAUUUUCUUAGAAGAUUCCAUAGAUGUAAUUUUAAAUUAGUGUGGCCUCCUGGUUUUGGGUGUUUCCUAACACAAUUAGUUGUAAUGAGAGUAUUGAUGAUUUUAUUAGCCACCAGGGCGGCGCCACUGUGGCGCAAUAUUAUUUUUUAUUGUCCUUGGUCAUUAUGGAAAUUAUUGAUUUGUGAAACUAGACAGUAAGGCUUUAGCCUGUUCUUUGUGAAACUUUUUUUAAAAGGCAGACCAAGGCAACAAAGAGAAGAGAUUUAUUUGGUAUGUUAAAAAAUUUAUUGGCCCCAUAGAAAUCGAACGGCGUGAGAUGGUUAGUAAUUCGUUUGAAAUCUAACAGCUCGUAUAAUGAAUGCGUGGAAUGGAAACGUUUAAAAUAAUCCUAGCCAUCGCUGUAGGCGAUAUCGAUUCUUCCGUCCCAUACCGAUUCUAUUUAAAAAUUCAUUAAUAUUAUUGUCCAAGUCGAACCGAACCGUGUAUCGCAACAGAAAUAGAAAUCAUUACCUAAUCGAUAUCUCACGUACGACCCUAACCAUUUUGGAAGUCGAUUGAUGUAAUUUUUAUAUAAGAAUUUAAUUCUUGUAUAAGACUUGUAAUGUGCGUAAAAUUUUGUGAUAUAAAAACGCCGACUCGAUAUGCUUGUGUGUAUGGAGGAUUUUUGUUUUACAUUUAAAAAUAUAAAAAAGGCUUGUGAAUUACUAUCGUAAUGCUUAAAUAUUAUCCCAACGAGAAAUUUUAACUCGUUUUUUUAUAAUUUUAAUUUUUGUGCUGUAUUCUGGGACCAUUUUUCUGGAAGGUUCCAAAUUCUGUAAAUAACGAUCACUGUUUAUUGUUUAAUUAAUUUUAAAUGUACGCUAUUAAAAAUGAAUAAUUAUUGUUGGAUUCUAAUUCGAAGAGUAUUUAUGAGAAUGCGAAAAAUUAAUAAAUUAUUUAUUAUCCACUUAGACUGGAAAUGUUAAGAUCUAGUUAGAUAUCGCUAAAACCUACGCACAUGUUUAGAAUUAAUAUUCGAAGAUUAAAGUACUUACAUAAUUUAAGAAAAAGUCGUUCCACAUCCAUAUAGAGGUUGAAGUUUUAGUUUUGGCUUUUAUUUGGUCGCCUAUUAUUUAUCUAGCUAAGAGGAAAGUAACCAGAUUGGUUAAAUAAUGUGCGCUCAGAUAUUAACCACCCAAUCAUCGCUGGAUCUUAUUACUUUUAACCAAUUAAGAUUAUUGAUCUCAUGUCAAACACUUUAUUAAAUUAUUAAAAGGAGUUAGCAAUAUUGUUUACAUUACAUUUUUACACAUUUGUAUAUUUUAAUUCAGUGGAAAAUUCUUUAGUUUAUAAAUGACGAGUACUUAACGUUUUCAUGCCCAACAAAUUUAAUAUUAUUAUUUUUACUGUGCCUCUGUAAUGAUACCUCAAGAACCUAACCUACCCUUAAUAUACAAAAUAUAAUUUUAUUCUUUAAAGUACGACUAAAUGAAUAAUUAAAAAUAUUACAGCUUUAGAAAUAAGUGAAAAGCAAUUUAUAAAAUAUCAUUGUAAUUUAUUGUCAAAUUAUUUUAGAAUAUAAAUGUUAUAAAUUAUUUUAUUUUCCCUAUUGACGUCUGAAUUUGGUUGUGUAUGUUUAAUGUUUAGAAAU